GUGAUGCUGGGCAUUUCUGUUCUGUGAGCAACCAUGGACUCCACAAGCUACUUUAAGUGGAGUGAAGGAUACCAAAAAUGCCCCUCAGGGCACUGCAGGUGCUGGGGACAGAGAUUGCUCAUCCUGGCUGCGACCUUUGUGACCACCAUCGUGCUGUGGGUCCUUGCACUGAGCGUCCUCUCAUCCUGGGCCUCCUCGGAGCGUGGGGCACUGCUCAGCCGCCAAGACCAGCAGGUGACAAAUGCUUCCAAACUGACGGUGCUCGUGGAUGACUUGAAGGCGGAGCACAAAACCUACAACAGCAGCUGCCUGAGCAUGCAGGUGCAGCUCCGGAUGACUCGAACCCAGCUCCAGGAGGCGCAGGGGAAGCUGCUGGAGCAAGAGAGAUCCCUGGGAGAACUGAAGGAGCAGGUGACCCGGAGUUUGGCGGAAGCGGAGAAGGCCCGGGACAACAUCCGCACGGAGCUGCUGCAGGCAAUCAGGCAGAACUGCUCCUGCCCCGAGUCCUGGCUGCAUUUCCAGGGUUCCUGCUACUUUUUCUCCCAGCAAACGGCCCAGUGGGGCAAAGCGCAGGAGCAGUGCGACCGACAAGGGGCGCAUUUGGUGAUCGUUCAGAACCUGAUAGAGCAGACCUUCCUGACUAGCAAUAAAGGCAACUUCGGUUACUGGUUGGGGCUGAAGGCCGUGCGCAAGGACAACAAGGUCCAAAGCUACCAGUGGGUGGAUGGAGUCCAGCUCAGCUUCAGUUACUGGAACCGGGGGGAGCCCAAUGACUCCAAGGGACGCGAGGACUGCGUCAUGAUGGUCCCCCCUGGAAAGUGGAACGAUGCCCCAUGUGACAACGAGAGAGACCGCUGGAUUUGUGAGAAGCCGCAGCUCUGCUAAAAGGGCCUAAUGCCUCCAAGCC